AUGUUUGUUGUAUUCGUUAUUUUUUUAACUAUACUCAUUCCUUCAAUACAAUCAUCUAAACCAGCAUUAAAAUUAACAUUUACUCCCGAUGAAAAAUAUUAUACAGAGGGCCAUGUGGUUGAGAUUCUUUGUGAAUUAAUUAAUCCAAGUGACCAUACAGAAGCAUCACAAUUAUGGCAUGUUGAUAUGAAAAGUGGUCAACGUACGGCAAUAGGUCGGGCAUUAUUAAAUACACCACCAGAUGAUUCAUUAGAUAUAUUUAAACAUAAUAAAAAUAAACGUUUGGAAUAUGUUAAAAAAAAUCAUUUACGUAUAAGACAAAUUUUAUUUGAAGAUACAUCUCGAUAUGAAUGUACUUGUCCGGAUUGUGAAGAACAAUUAGAAAAAAAAACAAAAGAACUUCACGUAAUGAAAUUAACAGAUCCAAAAUGGCAUAUUGAACCGGGCUGGCCAAUACAAGAAAAUGCUAAAACAACAUUAAAAUGUACAGCUGAUGAUUUUUAUCCAUAUGUUAGUCAUCAGAUUCUUCGCAAUCAUCAUAAAAUUGAUGGUGACGGUAAAGCUACGAUACCGAAUAAUAAUACAAUUCUACAAAAAUUUUCUUGGGAAGCAACUGUUACACCAACACAUGAGUGGCAUAAAACAACAUUAGAAUGUACAAUUAUUGAAGGUAAUCAUAAAAAACAUGCAGUAAAAAUUCUUGAGGUUAUAUUUACUCCACGUUUUAUUAAAUGUGAAGAAAAACAAUAUGUUAAUUCCACGAGAGACAAAUCAACAAUUGAAUGUUAUUAUGCAGGAAAUCCUCAACCAAAGUUAUUAUGGCUUCGACAAACAGAUGAAAAACCUGUAACAUCAGAUGCAGGUGUUACUAUUGAAGUAAAAGAUGAACAUCAUGGUAAAUAUAAAAGUGCUGUUACAUUUGAUCGUCAGAUAUUAACAACAAAAGAAGAUAAUUACUAUGAACAAUUAUUAGCAGAUGGUUUUAUUGUAAGAUUAACAAAUAAUAAUAAUGAAGUUAGAGAGUCCCGAAAAAUAAAUAUUGUGAGUGAUCCAAAUCAGGCACGAACAAAUCCACUUGAUAGUUUAUCGAGAGCAACAAUACAAAACUUUUCAAUAUCUAUUAUGUUAUUUUCAUUUUUAAUUAUUCGACAUAUAUGA